AUGGCCUCCCCACUUCUGUUCCUCGUGUUGAUCGUAGUGGCCCCCGCCGCGGUGCUGCUUCUGGCCCUCUCGUUCCUGGUGCGCCCACGGCCGGUGAAGAUCCCCGUCAAGGGGCGGCACGUCUUCAUCACGGGGGGCUCCAGCGGCAUUGGCCUCGCCCUGGCCAAGAGGGCCGCCAGGGAGGGCGCCAGGGUCUCCAUCCUAGCUCGAUCCCUCUCCAAGCUCGAGGAUGCUCGCGACAUGAUCCGUGUGGCCACUGGAGUGGAGGUGGCCAUCUACAGUUCCGACGUGAGAGAUGGUGCUGCGGUGCAGAAGGCGGUGGAUGCGGCCGGCCCAAUCGACGUGCUGAUCUGCAAUCACGGGGUGAUCGUGCCGCAGGAGAUGGAGACCCAGUCUAUCGAGGACAUCAAGUUCAUGGUGGAUGUCAACCUGAUGGGCACCUUCCACCUCAUCAGGGCUGCCCUCCCGGGCAUGAAGCGCGGUGGGGGUCCGCGAUCCAUUUCCCUCAUGUCCUCCCAGGCUGGCCAGGUAACCAAAACCGUCCGAUCCACCGGCCCUUUUAGCAAGUGAUCGAUCACUGAUUUUCAUCGUUUUGCCAUGUCGAAAAUAUCGCCCAUAGGUGGGAAUUUAUGGAUACACGGCCUACUCGGCGAGCAAGUUUGCUCUUCGGGGACUUGGGGAGGCCCUGCAGCAGGAGGUCAUCAACGAUGAUAUUCAUGUUUCUCUCAUCUUUCCACCGGACACAGAAACCCCUGGCUUUGUACAAGGUGAAAAAACAUUUGACUUGCAAUCUUCUUGAAAUAUCUUCAGUGUUUUCACCGUAUGUCGUUUAAUCUUAUCCCUAUGAAGCCUGGAAAUUCAUUGUGCCUUCUGUGAAUUUUUUUUCAUCGGAUCUUCAGUGGAUUUGGAAGGAUGAUGAAUGGUGGUCAAAAUGCAUGUAUUUGGCACCUCCCUUGAUGUCAUAAAGAAAGCUCUCGCUGGAAAUUGCUCGUUGAUGUUUGACUUUCUUGUCUGCCCUUUAGUUCAAUCAUUUUUGCUGCCAUCUUUCUAUACUAAUCUUUCUCUUCUUGUAUAUCUUGAUGUUGUGCUCUACGUUUAUAUUUUCAUAGUUAAUCUAGAUGAAUAUUUCGUUAUUGACACCAGGUAUUAUCUCUUACUGUAGAAAGCAAGAUAAGGCCAGAGGUAACCAGUAAAAUAGCAGGUUCUUCUGUUGGAAUGAAGGCUGACGAUGUGGCUGAGAGGACUCUAAAUGGCAUCAAAUCUGGAAGUUUUAUCGUCCCCUGCAACUUCGACGGGCUUAUGCUGGCCAUAGCCACCUGUGGCUUGUCUCCUCAGCGGUCAUACCUCAUGGCUUUCUGUGAGGUGACUUGCGCUGGUCUCUUGCGGUUUGUUGCUCUAUGCUUCCAAUGGGGCUGGUAUGCAACUAUUGAAAAAUGCAGUGCCAGAAAGAAAUAG